AUGUCGCAAAAGAUCACCUCCAAGAACCUGCAAUACACGGCCCAAUUGCCGCCCUUCCUGGCGCGUUUGCGCGGCCAACACGCAGCCGAGACAGACCCCAACGCCCCCGACCCGAUCCUUGCUGCUCGACGCCAACCCGGCAAACCGCGCUCUGGAAGUGCUGAGGCCGAGGACGCACCGCUAGUGGUUGACGAGCAUGGAAACGCCGUGGACGUCACUGUUGGUGCCGACGGGAGCGUCAAGGAGAAGGACCCUGCAUCUGCAGCCGAGGUACCGACGCAGCUAGAGGGUUUGGAGGACUCAGGGGAUGCUGCCCAGGGCGAGAAACUAGCCGGCAUCGGCGAGCAGAGAAAGAAGAGGAAGAUUGGAAAGAUCAUUGGCGCGGAUAGCGACGACGAGGAUGACGAAGAGAACGCCAAAGAUCAGAAGAAAGAAGGCUCUAAGCACAUCAACGGCACAUCAGCGCAGGAUGGCCGGGAGAAGGACGAUUUGGCCAUCGCCGCCGCAAGAACCAAGGUCAAGAAGAAGGCGAAGAAGAUCAAGCUCAGUUUUGGAGAAGACGAGGGCUGA